GCGCCGUCUUGGAUCCACUUCCUUCACAACGAGACGACAGAAGCCCAAUGGAGAUGCGAGGAAAGCCCACGACGACGACGACGAAGAUGAUGCUGCUGCUACAGGCGCUCGCGCUCGUCUGCGCGCAGACGGUCACCGAGCAUGACGGGCUGCUCCAAGACACGAAUGCGAUGAACGUGGCCAAGGCCGAGCAGGCGGCGCGCGACGCGGUCCGCGACGAGGAGAACGUCUCGCUGCUAUUGGGGUCCGGCGUCAUCGUUGUCGCUGGCGUCGGGAUGCUCGGCAUCAUCGCGUACAUCGUGUACACGCAGCACAAGCGCAACGUUGCACGCGACGAAGACAACCAGCUCAUGAAGUCGCUCCUCGACAGCGAAAUGGACUACGCAGCCAUGUAGAAGCUGCUUACAGCAAUAGAGUCCGCGUCUUCGUGUAUCGACG